AUGUCAAGCAGAUUAUCUGUUUCACUAUAUAGACGAGUAUUUAGGCUACUGACAAGUAUCAAAAAUAUCGGAGCUGAACCUGUGGCAAUGGAACGCUACGCUGAGUACCUUCCACCGACACUUAUUUUAGAAAAAAAUGAUUCUCUUCUUGCGGUUGCUCGAAAAGUAUUUUUAACAACUCCAUACACCCCAGAGGCUCUUUCAAAUGGAUUUUCUUUUAUAAAAGAUGCCAUAGACUCAUUACCCGAUUUAGAACUUCUUGCUCUGUGGCAUGCCUAUCGUUUAGGUGGUGAAUAUGAUCUUUUGUAUGGUAUUGCACUUGUGAGUGCCGCACUAAAACUGUCAGGGAGUCGGGUACCACCACGUAUGGGUGAUUUAACUACAGCUGUGGCAAACCUAAAGGCUGAGGUUGAGCAUCUCACUACGGAAAUAAAAGACUUGUUUGAGGAUAAGAAACCUUCUUCAGGAAAAUGUGGGGUAAAACGACUUGUUCCAUCAAUUCUUGCUGCUAUGAGUGAGCUUAAAAAGCGUGGCUAUUGUGUGAGUGAAGGUUCUCCAGAAGACUAUGCUGUAAUCAAUAUGUCCCGUAAUAAACACGGGUGUACACUUCUUUUUAAUGCUCUCUUUGUUGUAGCUCUUCUUGAACACGGUGUGUUGUGUACUGUAGUUGGUACAGACUCUCUCCGAUCAUGGCUGCGUGUACAAAAGGAGGGAGGACGUCCCAUCUUUCUUUCUUUUGACUGUAUGGAUGCAUACACAACAAAAGAACUGGAACGCCUUAAUUAUUCAAACUUGCAGAAUACACCAAAGUGGUGUCGUUCGUCAGAGUGGAACGCACAAUGUCGAAAGCACAUUCUUUCUACUUUGCUAAAGAGACAGCUUUUGGCUCUCUCCUCAGCUACAAAUAAUCCCUUACGUUUACAACAGCAAAAAUUUUGCCGUAUACAAAUACUUUUUCUUUUGUCGUAG